AUGACAUACCAGAGUCACUCAACGCCCCAAAAACCGUUCAAAAGUCUGCCUCUGUCUCUGCCCACCGUUUAUUCCUCCUCUUUCAACUUAAUCAUCGCCCUCAUGCACUCAUCCGCUAGACACAUCGCAAAGCAAAUCGCUACUCACCCCGAAACCAAGUCAAUCGCAAAGCAAUUCCAGAGAAACAUGGCUUCAGGCACUCCCUCCGACACGGCCAAGGUCCAGGCCUCGGCCGACUCGAACGCGCCCAGCUUCGAGUCCGUCGGCAUCAAGAACAACAGCAUCAACCAAAAGUCCGGCGUCUCACUGUCCCAGCAGCAGAAGGUCCUGGUUGGCAGCGUGCUCGAUCUCUUCGAGGGUAACCCGACUCUGAAGCAUCUGUCCCUGUGGUCCAAGAACGCCACCUUCCAGGACAACAUCACCGUCGCCGAGGGGUUCGACAAGUACGCGGCCCAGUGGUACGGACUCCCGGCGCUGUUCAACCCCAUCAAGAUCCAAUCGCACACCGUCACCUCGGCCGGCAACCCGAUCGAGCUCGAGCUGAAGAACAGCUACACCGUCAAGGGCGUCAAGACCGAGCAGACCAUGGAGAGCGUCGUGCAGAUCCAAGUCGGCGACGACGGCAAGAUCGUCAAGGUCAACGACAAGUGGAACAACAGCCUCCCCGAUGGCGCUUUCUCUCAGGCUUUGCGUAAGUUGAACGCCGUCACGGUGCCGGCGUUUGUCAAGGUUCCCAAGAACGAGGAGGAGGACCAGAAAUUGAAGGCCGAGCGGGAGAAGCAGUAA